GGACUUGCCCGAAAGGAAAAUGGCGGUGUCGGCUUCACCCCGCUCCCGCCCUGAGGCCUUGCUGGGCGGUGCGCGGGGAAGAGGGAGCAAAGUGGGGGCCCCUGCGAGAACCGGCGCGGCGGCCUAGAGCCUGGCGGGGGAGCAAAGUGGGGCUGAAGGCGAGGACCCAAGGCGGGGGCGCUAAAAUAACGGGGAGGAGGCGCCCGAACCCCAAGAAGGGGCUCCUGCAGGACCGGCUUGGGGAGCUAGCUGUGCCCCCUACUUUCCUGCUGGCUCCAGCCUCUCUUUGCCGCCCUGCCCAAACGUGCUGCCCGCAGGUGUUUGGUGAUCUAUUAUGACAGAAGCUCUGGCCUUCUGAACACAGAAUGCUUGCACUGGCCACUGCCCUUCCUUUAGAACCCUGGGACCAUGGCCGAGAAGAGCAUCGGCCGGGCUCUGAGCUCUUCCCUCCGGAGCGACGAUCUCUUGAGCGACAUGGAGCUGCUGCCAGCGUCAGACCCCCCCACCCCAGGGCAGCAGGUGCCCAGUUCUCAGUUGACUACCCCAUAUACCUCCAAAGUGACCACCCAGCUCUACGCCUCCCUUCACCAGAGCCGACAGGCUGAGGCCCAGGCCCGUUCUCGCCUGGAGAGUCAGCAUGGCUCAGCCCUGGCCAGGAAAGCCAUGGAGGCCGACGUCGAUCUGGACACUCUAGCGGAGGAGCUGAGCCAUCGGCUUUCGGCCAGCGUGGAGGCCAGCGCAUUUAGGCAGGGUGCCGUGACUGAGUCCCGCCAUAUUUCGGAGAUGGAGAAUGUGCGGUGCCACCUACAGAGUAUGCUGCGGGGAUCCAGAGAUGUGCAUGGAGGUCCCGCUGUCACACUGGAGACCUUGGAGCGGAAAGAUGAUGACUCCUUUGAGAGUGACAGCACGGCUGCUCUGCUCAACGCUCGUCCUCUGCACGAAGUCUCUCCUCCGGGAUCUCUGACGGGCUUUGAGGAGCUGUUCCCCCGCUACACCAGCCUACACCUGGGUCACUUCCAUGAGCAGCUCUCCCACCUGGAUCCCCACUUGCUAAAAGACACUUUGGAGAAAGAGCAGGCCCGGCGGAGACAUUGCGAGCGGCACAUCCAGACCCUCCAGAGCCGCAUCCUGGAGUUGCAGCAGCAGCUGGCGGUGGUCGUCUCGGCCGACAAGAAGAAAGACAGCAUGAUACAGCAGCUGGAUAAGACUCUGGCCAAAGUGGUGGAAGGCUGGAACCAGCACGAGGCCGAGCGGACGGCGGCUCUGCGCAGACUGCAGACCGAGAAGGAGGCUGCCGAGCAGGCGCUGGGGAGGCAAAAAGAGAAAGUGGCAGAGAUGGAAGGACGCCUCCAGCAAGCCUUGUCUGCCCUCAACCGAGAACAGCAGGUGGCCAGCCAGUGCUGCAAGGAGAAGGAGGUCUUGGAGGAGGAGAAGGCCUGUCUGUUGCGUAGCUUAGACGCAGAGCGUGUCCGUGUGCAGAGCCUGGAAGCUGAGUGGGAUCUGGAACGGCGCCAGCAGGACACCCUGCGUGCGACGCUGGAGGAGCAGCAAAGGAGUUGGGCCCAGCGGGAGAGGCAGCUGGAACAGCAGCACCAGGCUGUGCAGGAGGAGAGCCGCGUACAUCUUGAUAAGGAGAAGAUGGUGGCCCAGCGGGAAGCUCAGAAGGCAGCGGAUGCUCAACGGGUCUUGGCCACGGUGCAGUCAGAGAUGCAGGGACUCCAGGGAGAGCUGGAGACUGUGCGCCGAGAGAGAGACACCCUGAAGGUGGAAAUGAGUUUGGUGAAGGCACGUUUUGAGGCCCAGAAGGUCAAGCUGGAGUCGGAGCUGAAGGUGGCGUUGGAACAGCGGGUGACGGAGCGCCUGGCGGAGGUUCAUGAGGACGGUUUACGCCAAAUGAGUGCCAUGCGAGAACAACACAGGAAGCAGCUGUUGGAACUAAGCAGCCACCACGAGAAAGAGCAGGGCAAACAGCUUGCUCAGUUCAGAUCUGACCUGGCGGAGAGGGAGGAGCGACAGAAGCGCCUCGUUCAGGACUACGAGCAUAGGGCUUCCAAGCAGCAGGAGGAAUUGCGGGAGCUGAAGGCCAAGUAUCGGCGGCUUGAGGCCCAGCGAGCAGAGAUGGUUAGCCAGUUCCAGGCCAUGAUGCAGGCACACUGGAACGAGGCUCUGCGCCUCUUUGCUGCCAGCAGUGCUUCCCUACAGCCUUCUCCCAAAGCCCAGCAGCAGGAGGCUGCCUCUGAGCCAGAACCCACCUCCAAGCCGGAGUUUCUGCAGCCUUGCGAUCCGCUGAAGAAGACCCAGAAGAUGGAGUCUCUCGGCAGCAAUCAGGGUGCUGGCGAUUGCAAGGAGGUGGCGUGGGCCAAGGCAGUGCCUCUUCAGCCCGUCGUCCAGCAGAGCAAACUGCAGGGGGCUCCCGAAGGCUCUGAAAAGUCUGUGCAGGAUCCUUCCCGGCAUUUUCUUCCCCUGAUGCCUGACGUGGGCCGUCUCUCCUCCGAAUUCAGCCACAUUCUCAAUUCCAGCCUCCUCAGCCAGCAGGGCUUCCAGCAGCUGGACCCUCAGGUGGACACCACUGUUGCUGGAUCAGGUUUGAUUUUCCACCCAGAAAACCUUGCAGAACACCCCUUCGCAGAUGAGAGAGAGGACUCCAGCCCUGAGCUGGCAGGAAACGAAAGCGAGGUCACUCAGCCCAGCACUGCGGAGAGUGGCGCUCAAGGGCUACUGCCUGACUUAAAUUACUACAUGCGCCUGCUUCUGGACCGUUCCACAGUUGAGAGCAGUGCUCCACAGCAGGAGGGGUGUUCCAUGGAGAGCCCGCCACAUACCACAGAUCGGACACAGAUGGGUAAUUCGCAGUCUUACCACGAACAGUCCACAGCCCUCUGGGAUCCGGCACAGCCGUCUUUCAACACAAUUCGCAUCCAGCCGCCCAGCAGCGCUGCUGUCCACAAAACCAAAGUCCCUCUGCCCAAAGCCGGACCGGUGUGUUUAAGCCUGGAACCAGUUAGCCCCUCCAAACAGAGUAUUGCCCAUGAGGAAGGGAUCCUGUCUCCAAAGCACGUGGCUGCAGUCUCGCGCCUUCUGAAACAGUACCAGGCCAAAGGGAGGCCCGUGCCCUCGAUUGAAGAGCUCUACAAAUACUUACACAGUUUGGGCCAGAACGGUCCGGAAACAAAAGGCAAUGGGAGUCUGCCAGCACGCCGGAACCUUGAUCCCAAAUUGACCGAAUCGAUGAGGAAAGAGGUACGUUUCCCCUUCAGGGCCCUCCCAGCCGGCGGACAGGGGCCUUGGGACUUGGGCGCGAGAAGUCCCACGCCGCUGGGAAGGCUGGGAAGAAGCUGUCCGGUUCAUUGGCCUCCAACCCUCGGAGCAGCAGAGGAGGAAGUGUGUGGAGAUAACGGUCUCUUCAACCCAGUUUGCUGUUCGUCUGCAGCUCUCCGCUGGAUAGAUGUGGUUUGAGGAGAACGCCUUUCAUCACCAGCUUUGUUAUCGACUGCGGCUAGGAAUCUAAAACACUGCCUGAGAUAAGGCCUAGAACAGUCGUGCAGAAGUUGGUUUUAUUUUAACGCUCCGCUUCACUCUCACAGAGUCAGAAAUGGGAGUGACAGCAAAGGCGUCCGCUUUUGACAAUUCUUCACAACAGGAGAUGCUGCCAGACCCUUGUAGGACCCACUUCUCGGGAUCUCUGCAUCCCAUCCCUUUGCAUUUCCCUGCUUCCUUCCUGCGGUCUGUCUCUCCGUCCGUUUGCUGAACAAAUCCUGGGAAAGAAGGCUGCUUCCCAUAGAGCCUAGAUUCAAGCGUUCCCAAGGGAGAUGCUCUCUCGUGUGAAGUCCUGGGACCCGUCUCCUGCUCUCCUACAGCCACCUGUGCUUCUUUCCCUGAUGUUUCUCUGCAUCCUGACGUCGUUUGGAGUGCUUUCUUCUGGAUGCACAGUUUUAGAGGCACCUGGCUUUGCUGUAUAGGUUCUCUCUUUUUUGCACAGUUAAUUAUUUUUGUAAAAAGUUUAUUUUCUAAAUAAAUGGAAUUGUGAGUUAUUUUUAAGCAAAGGGUUCACCCUCCCGCUUGUCAUUGGCAUUGCUGUUAUUUUUUGCAACAUGUACGCUUCCAAGCGUU